AUGGAGGUCUUUAGUGGUUUUAAAAAGGUCGCAGCAAUAAUGUUUGUGGUGAUGAUGGUGGGAGUGAGAGUGGAAGGUGAAGAUCCUGAUCUGCUUACAGAUUUCGAUCUUUCUAGUGGGGCAACCAUUGAUGGGAACUUCUUCACGUUUAAAGGAUUGACAGGAGUUGACUCUAAUUCCACCGCCAGUGGGAGCAUUAAAAUUAGCAGAGCCAGCGAGCAAGAAUUUCCAGGGCUCAUGGGUCUAGGUGGCAGCAAUAAUGUUUGUAGUGGUGAUGGUGGAGUGAGUGUGGAAGGUGCAGAUCCCGACCUGCUUACAGAUUUCAAUCUUUCAAGUGGGGCAACCAUUGACGGGAACUUCUUUACGUUUAAAGGAUUGAGGGGAGUUGGCACUAAUUCCACCGCCAGUGGGAGCAUUAAAAUUAGCAGAGCCAGCCAGCAAGAAUUUCCAGGGCUGAUGGGUCUAGGUGUGUCCUACGCAUUCUUUGAAUUAGGCGCCAAUAGUGUUGUUCCUCCUCACUAUCAUCCGCGGGCAAGUGAAUUGCACCUGAUUUUAGAGGGAUCACUCACUGUGGCUUUUGUAGACACCACCAACAAGCUCUUCAACAAGACUCUAUUUGCUGGGGACAUGUUUGUUUUCCCAAAGGGAAUGGUCCACUACCAGAUCAAUCUUGACAUGUACAAACCUGUUUUUGCUAUCUCUGCAUUUGGGAGUGCCAAUCCGGGGACUGUGCUGGUGCCUUCCACUCUCUUCGGCUCUGGAAUUGCCGACCUUGUUCUCCAAAAAUCUUUCAUGAUCUCACCUGAAACCUUGUCCAUGCUCAAGGCUCCCUUCCUCUAG